UAUGCACAUUUACAUAAUGCACCUUUAAGAUUCCUCUUCGUUUUCUCUCUCUAAGACCACGACUUUUUUCUCUCUUUAACAUCACCGGUGAUUUAAAAAUAUCCGCCACCCACCUUCAUUUAUGGACCCUUUCUUUGGCGCCGGCGGUGGUAACAGGCCAUCUCCAAAAAAAGAACUACUGGGUCCUCGUCCAACUGCACUCAAAGUCAACAAAGACUCGCGCAAGAUCAGUAAACCACCAGUUGCGCCGCCACGUCACCCCCCAGGACCAACACAAGUAGCUCAUCCUGCACCGCAGCAAGUUGAGGACCGGCAGCCGGUGAUAAUCUAUGCGGUUUCACCAAAAGUACAUCACACCACCGUCGGUGACUUUAUGGACUUGGUUCAAAAACUCACAGGCAACACCACCACCUCCGCAUCCGCCUCGACCUCCUCCACAGCCGACUGCGUCUCUCCGGCAGCCAGGCUAGCAUCCAUAGAGAAAACAAGUCCUUCUGAAAGGCAAAGAGAGAGAGAAUUCACAGUAGAUAAUAUUAUGGAUAUUCUUGAAGACAGUAAUCUUGAUAUGGGCCAAGUCCCCGGAAUUUUAUCUCCUGCACCGUCAACCCUGCCACCCAUAUCGCCGGGAUUCUUCUCUCCGGCGCCAAUGGACCCGUUUAUGUUCGGGUACAACAUGUUCAUACCAAGUCCGUCAACCCUGUUUUCAGCUUCCAUGGUGUCUCCUUCACCCUCUUCUUCUUUCGAUCUCUUCAAUCCAUUUGACUUUUAGCCAAUAGAAAAGUCAUUUUUUAUUUUUUUUUAAUUAUUUGAUGCAUGUGUUUUAGAAAAAAAUUUCUAGAGAGAGAAGGUGGGCUUUGUGGAAAAAAUUGAAAGUAGAGUUGGGGAUGGAGUGUGGUGGGGUAGACCAAUUUGUUUUUUAUUUUGUAUUUUUGGGUAUGAAAGGAAAUUAUUUGUUAGAUAUUUGGUUCUUAGGAAAUGUGUAAUUUGACUAACUAUCCAAUGAAAUUUUUGCCUUUUGGAACAUUUAA